CGAGGGAGCUGUACGUCCUUCUGGCUGGUGAUAAGAAAAAACAAAAUCUCUCUUGGACCUGUUUGUUUACAUCGACCGUUAUUUCUCUGAUCUCGUCCGUUGAUAUCUGUUUUGCGAUGAUCUUCAAAUGGAUACCUACGCUGGUCGUGCUGACGCUAUUGGCAGAACUAUGCCCUUCACAAGAGGUGCCGGGAAUCGCCUACAUGGAUAUCCUUCGAACUGCGCCUAGGAAGCGCGUGGAAGGUGCUGCCCCUGACCCAGAUUUGCCUGUUGUACCACUUGAGCAAGGAGGAAACAGGCGGUAUGAUGUUAUGCUCGACUAUGAAGACGAUUAUUUCGAAUACGUAGACACUGACAAUGAAGACGAGGCUGUUGUGACUACUCUGGAGCGGCCUCAGAAACCAGAAGCUGUCUUGAGCACCGACAUCACUGACUAUGUUUUAGUGUCUAUAGACACUUCUGAAGAAAACGAACCGAUAGACCUAUCCGCUGUGGAGUUUGUUAAAGAUGCAGAGCUUUUGGCAGUAGACCCAUUCGUUUCAAGAGCAUCCGUAGAAAAGGUUUCGAGGCCAAGGGACAGACAAGAACAGCAUAUUCAAAGAAAACCGUUCAAGAAAUCUGUAUUAGAAUCUCCACCUUAUGCUGACGAGUAUCUCCUUGAAAGAGAGCAAUUUGCACCUCAUUCAUCGCAAGCAUCCAGCUCAAGAAGUUACCGAAAUGAUGAGUAUUCAGAAGAAAAGUUUGAACCUAUGGUCGUCUAUUCAUCAGGAGAUUAUCCGAACAGUCCUCUGUCUGAAGAUUAUUAUACCAAUGCAUAUGAAAGAGGUGAUGUCAUAAGUUCCUUAUCGCUCGAAGGAAAUUUCUCUGCUGAAAACACAUCGAGCCAAUAUGAUAGCUUGGAUUAUCUUUCAGCAUCGUCUCAGCUUUAUCCCUCUUACCUCCCUUAUAACGAUUCAACAGACAGUUAUGCCUACAAAGAAACCACAAGGGGAUACCACAGAACCACUUAUAACCCUAUGCUACAAGAUGAAAACCCUGGGUUCUCGGUUCCCUAUUCAGGGGAAAACCCAGUCACAACGUCCGGCACCACAGAUACUGGCUCCUCAGCAUAUAGCACAGUUUUGUCAAGACGAUCCAACAUACCAAAUAAUAAACUCCCUCGCUCACGAACAGAUAGACGAAGUCGUGACGAAAUAAUGUAUUAUACAGGACUUCAGCGAGAAAUAGAAAAGUCUUCUUUGCUCAUCGAUGCAAUCAAAGAUGUCAGAAGUAGAGAGGGAAAACAAAUGAGCUACAGAAACGUAGACGUCACCACUACAAUAACACCAUUGCCAGACCUUAGAGUGAUAAGAAGUGCUCUAGGAUCACAUCCACUUUACAGGAACUUGCCUGGCACAACAAGCCCUCCAAGAAUCAAGGACAAGCAAUACGUUUAUAGAGAAUAUGAGAAUGAAAAAGAUGAAUAUGAAAACAUGUAUCUUCCAGCAAGAGCGAAAUCCUUGGAGCUAAGUGAAAUAGAUGAGGUUAGGGAGUACUUCAACACUCUUGUGCCAAAAGCAUCAUAUAGACCUAAAGAUUUCCCGACCUAUCCCUCUUAUCCUGGUCAAAGAAUAUACUUGCCAACAAUAACUACUUACAAACCAUCGGAGAUCCCAAAAUACAAGAACUGGAGACCACUGUCUCUUACUUCGAAGUUGAAAACUAAAUCACCUCCAGAGAUACCGACUGAACACAGAAACAAUCCCAAGUAUUCUAAUAAAUUGUCUACCAGCGUGUUUAAACCCUCUAAACCAAUACCAUCCCAAUAUUCACAACUACCAAUCACAAUUCCAUACACAUCUAAGCCUCAUGUGUCUUCACCCUCUAAACACUAUUCACCAGAAGACUCAUACCAACCUAAAAGUACUCCCAGGUACUACACACCAACAAGGUCACCAGCCCACAGACACACUGACUCAAAGACCUAUAAGAAGAAAGCAAAGUAUGUAACAACUUCAGUUGAAGAGACAACAUCAACUCCAUAUUACGAUACGUCAAAACCACAAUACAGUACAUCAGGAUAUAAAUACAGUACUUCACGACCACAGUACAGUACACCAAGACCCUAUUACAGCAUUGAAAGACAACGUUUCAGUACACCAAGACCGCAUUACACCAGCAGCAGAACGGAGCCCGAGCUUCCUCCGUUCUAUCCUUCGAAGUCUUUCACAAGACAGAAUUCCAGGCAGCCCUCGGAGCAUCCGUACACAGACGCCGGAGGACCCCCGAGAAGACCAACUCCGGAACCGACCAGGAGGCAGAGGCGAGGGCCGGAGAUGGAGCUGAACAUUGACUCCAAAGCCAAAUUUCCCAAGUUUGGUUAUAACAUUGAUCGCUACUUCGAUGAUUUCCCUGCCUUUGGGUUCUUUGAUUACGAGCCUUCGAGGGAAGUCUAUUGAAAUGAUUCUGUUAUUGAUAUCAAGUAUAAUGAAGCGUAACUGUAAGUAACGACUUACAGUCAGUUUGUUCAUCAUCUUUAAAUCAUCCCAUCCCAUUAUCUGUUUUGGUGAGGUGUAUUUAUCAACACCCGUUGCAUUCAUAUCAGUCAUCAGCGUACUCACAUUGCCGGUGAGUUUAAUUUAACAUUAACUUAUUAGACGAAAUUUUCAUGAUCUGUUUCUGAGUUCCUUUACACACACGUGUUGUUUUCAUUAUUUUCCAAUGGCUUAGUUCUCGGAUAAAUGACGUGAUGUAUCACAUUUUAGUGCCCAAAUGACACUUGGGAGAAAGCUAUCUGAUGAAAGAAAAAGAUAUCACAUUAUUGAAUUGAAUUUUCCCAUUUUUUCUUGUUAGUCAUGAUUUAAGGAUCUAAUAUCUCCAACCAGAUGUAGUGUAGUAUUAAGACAUUAAUUUUUCUGCUCAAACAAGUCCGAAUUUGGAUUUAAAUUUCAUAUGCAGUGAUUAAAAUGUCAAGGAAAGUGCUUCAGGAACGCGAAAUAUUUCAGAAAAAAAAUUCUCAGUGAAAUUCAGUCGACCGAGUAUAGCCUUCCAUUGGAGGGCCCAGAAGAACAAAAUUCAAUUUAUUAGGUCUAUUAUUCAGUGACCCACUUACUGGAAGCGUCAGUGAUAAUGCGACAGCGUAAGAAAUAAAAGCAAAGGUAACCCAGAGUGCAAUGGUUCAUAUUUCAUUCGCGCUGCCAUUUUCGAAAAGAUUCAUCCGUUCACAGGCUCCCGAGGACGGAAUUGAUCCCCUGAAGGAACCCCCAUGUCGGGGCUGGAAAUUAAGCUCCAUAUGGUGCAUUCACUACGAGUUUUUGCUCCGUCUGAGUUGACUUCAAUCGUGUGAACACGAAACUUUAGGAACACGCUUCCUGGUGAAUGCAACCUUGGCCUUACAGGAGAAUGCUUGCGUCGAGAAUUCUGCCCUACUCGGUCAACUAGGUACGUUUCGUUCGCGUGUGAGCGCGCUCGCGCUUGCGUGUGUGAGAGUAUUCGUGUAUAUA